UUUUCUUUUCAGUUGUUGGCACACCGACGAAUGUGCUGCUGCGUCUGGCUAUCUGCCCCAAAAUCAUUUCUAAUUCGCAAAAAAAAUCGACUGAAAAGAACGCACUGUGUAUUUCACUAACAACGGACAAGUCGUCGGGAUGCGUGUGCUGUGAAAAUAUCGCAAAAUUUCGUAAAAAAAAAUAAAAUUUAAAUAACAAAUAUCAAAAUAUGAAGAUCGGUGUUGACUGAAAAUUCGGAAAAUAUGCCAUGUUAAUAAGAGUGAAAGAAAAUAAUAUAGCGGUGACAUACAAUAGUAUAAAAACAACAAAAACAUCAAAUAAAAUAUAAGCAAAAAAAAAAAAAAGAAAUAAAAUAUAUAUCAAAAAGAAAAAAAUAAAUAAGAAAGUGUAUCGCUCUUGUGUGUGUUUGUGAUAUUUGCCAAAAAGCAAUAAAAUAUUUCAGAAAUUUGAAAAUAUUUUCAAAUUUUUGUGAAAAUGUCUUCGACAGCAACAUCAGCGGCCGCAACGGCCAACCAGCAGAAAUCUUCCUCAGACACAGAUAGCAGCAACACAACAACAGCAACGGCCGGAAAUAAAACAAAGUGCAAAUACACGAAAACCAAGGAGCGCAUGGUUGAAGAGGUACCGCUGCCACCUGCUCACAAAUUGACAAUGGACGAGGUCUAUGAUCCGAAAACGAACAAACCAAAUUAUGAUGCCUUGCGACAACAUUUCCUCCUCGAAGGACGUAUCGAAGAGGAACCUGCCUUGAGAAUAAUCACAGAAGGUGCUGCGUUGCUGAGGAGUGAGAGCAACAUGAUUGACGUGGAGGCACCCAUAACAGUGUGCGGAGAUAUACAUGGACAAUUCUUCGAUUUGGUCAAACUAUUCGAAGUUGGUGGUCCUCCAGAGUCGACACGAUAUUUGUUUUUGGGUGAUUAUGUCGAUCGUGGUUAUUUUAGUAUAGAGUGCGUCCUUUACUUGUGGUCCUUAAAAAUCUGCUAUCCUGACACAUUAUUUCUGCUGCGCGGCAAUCAUGAAUGCAGACAUUUAACAGAAUAUUUUACCUUCAAACAGGAAUGUGAAAUAAAAUACUCAAUUGAAGUCUAUGAUGCCUGUAUGGAGGCUUUCGACUGUUUGCCAUUGGCUGCUUUACUCAAUCAACAGUUUCUGUGUAUUCACGGAGGCCUGUCACCUGAAAUCUUUACCUUAGAUGAUAUCAAAAAGCUAAACAGAUUCCGUGAACCACCCGCCUUUGGGCCCAUGUGUGAUUUGUUGUGGUCCGAUCCGCUGGAAGAUUUUGGCAAUGAAAAGAACAGUGAUUAUUUUACACACAAUUCGGUGCGUGGUUGUUCAUACUUUUUCAGCUAUAUGGCCUGCUGUGAAUUUCUACAAAAGAACAAUUUAUUAUCGGUUGUCCGAGCCCAUGAGGCCCAGGAUGCGGGCUACCGCAUGUAUCGCAAAAAUCAGGUUACCGGUUUCCCAUCUCUGAUAACAAUAUUUUCGGCGCCAAAUUAUUUGGAUGUUUAUAACAAUAAGGCAGCUGUACUUAAAUAUGAGAAUAAUGUUAUGAACAUUCGACAAUUUAAUUGUUCACCCCAUCCAUAUUGGCUGCCAAAUUUUAUGGAUGUCUUCACAUGGUCAUUGCCAUUUGUUGGCGAGAAGGUUACCGAUAUGCUUGUUAGCAUUUUGAAUAUCUGUUCGGAUGACGAACUAUUGAGCGGUCCAGAUGAUGAACUAGAGGAAGAAAUGCGAAAGAAAAUCGUUCUCAAGCCCAUGAACCAUUCAGAACAACCAAAGAAAACAGCCGCUGUCUCAGCCCUGCGCAAGGAAAUUAUACGAAACAAAAUUAGAGCGAUUGGUAAAAUGUCACGUGUAUUUUCGGUACUAAGAGAGGAGUCUGAAUCUGUACUGGCUUUGAAAGGACUUACACCGACCGGUGCUUUACCCGUGGGUGCUCUAUCCGGUGGCCGAGACUCAUUGAGAAGCGCUCUACAAGGUCUGGGCGCCACACCAGAAAUUCACUCAUUUGCCGAAGCCAAGGGUUUGGAUGCCGUUAACGAACGCAUGCCACCCCGACGUCCGGGCCUAAACAGCAAUGACAAUGAGACAAGUUCCGCUGCAAAGAAAAAUGGCACCGCUGGAAAAGUGGCCAAACGUUCUACAGCUUCGAGCAAAAGUUCAUAGUUUUAAUGAAAAAGAGAGACUUAAGGCAGCAGCAUAAUACUCCUCCUCCACCUUCUCAUCCCCAUUCAUAGACAUCCAACACGACACAAAUAAUGCACACUGAAAAAACUCAAACCCAAAUCACACACACACACAUUUUAUUAUUCUUUGAAACGGUUAUCAAUAAUAAUAAUGAUUUGAUUUAGUUAAAUCGUAUAAUUUUUUUAGUGAAAUUUUAAGAUAAUUACAAAAUCUUUUUUUAAUUCGAUAAUUAGUGCUUUAAAUAAUUGUUUUUAAAUAAAGCAUUCAAAAUCACAGACUGUGUGA